UUCUUCUGCCUUGUAAGGCCCUGCGCCGCGCCCCGCCCCGCCGCCGCGGCCCCUCGGCCCCUCGCCACCACUCGCCACCGACGGCGGCUCGGCACCGGCUCCGCAGCCAGCUCCGCGCAGCCAGCUCCGCGGCCAGCGAGCGCCUUCUCCGCACCAGGGAAGUCCACCCGCCUGAAGCCAAGAUGUCCAGUAAGAGGGCCAAGGCCAAAACCACCAAGAAGCGGCCACAGCGGGCCACAUCCAAUGUCUUCGCCAUGUUUGACCAGUCCCAGAUCCAGGAGUUUAAGGAGGCCUUCAACAUGAUCGACCAGAACCGAGAUGGCUUCAUCGACAAGGAGGACUUGCACGACAUGCUGGCCUCGCUCGGGAAGAACCCCACGGAUGAGUACCUGGAAGGCAUGAUGAGCGAGGCCCCGGGGCCCAUCAACUUCACCAUGUUCCUCACCAUGUUUGGGGAGAAGCUGAACGGCACGGACCCUGAGGAUGUGAUCCGCAACGCCUUCGCCUGCUUCGACGAGGAGGCCUCCGGUUUUAUCCACGAGGACCACCUCCGGGAGCUGCUCACCACCAUGGGCGACCGCUUCACAGAUGAGGAAGUGGAUGAGAUGUACCGCGAGGCGCCCAUCGAUAAGAAAGGCAACUUCAACUACGUGGAGUUCACCCGCAUCCUCAAGCACGGCGCCAAGGACAAAGACGACUAGGCCACCCGACCCCCGCAGGGCCCCAGCCCCACACACACUGCCCGCACCCACUCCCUGCCCACGACCCCACGGGACCCUCGCAGGGGCUCUGCCCUCUGAGGGGCUGGGGCUCGGCUCCCAGUGCAGGACGUGGGCCAAGAGCACAGUGCCAGGAAGCCAGUGACGCAGGUGUUCCCGCCAAAGGACAUGGCGAGAGCUGGGCCAGAGGGCAGGGAGGAGGCCGCAAGCGAAGGCCCAUCAGGAGAGCCCAGGCCUCAGCCACUGCCUCAUUCCCAGGCUGAUCCCGCAGGAAGGGCCCUGCGUCCUGGUCUGGGACACCUGGGACACCACGUCACGUGCACCCCCAUGAAGGCAUGAAAGCCCUUUCCCAGCCACUGCCACAAACACACAAACCUCACCAAGGUCCCUUCUCAGAGGACGGGAUGCCAGCCCCCUCCCCUGUGCCCUGCCCAGCCACCAGAACACAGCCCACUCCCGGUGUGUGCUCCAGAAGACAGUGAAGGGUGGACAUCGUCCUGGGGGAGGCAGAAUCUUUAAUACAAAGGCUGAGUGCG